UAGUAUAUGAUUUGAGUAAAAUAAAAAUAAUUGACAUUUUAGUGUUUUCCCCUUUGAAUAUUCAAAAAAACAAAAAAAUGAAGAAGAAGAGGAAAGGGGAGAAAAUAGAGAGCAAGAAUUUGCAGCGCAAAAGAGAGAAAGAAAGAGGAGGGGAAGGGAUUUGUGUUACUAGACGGAGGAGAAGGGUGGCGGCGAGCGACGGAGAGGCGGAGAGGCGCGGUAGUCGUCUCCAAGUGUUCUUGUCGUCACUGUUUGCGAGCAUUGGAGGAGUCCUUGGCCAGGCUCAACAAGAAGAAGAAGAAGAAGGAGGAGGAGAUCCAGAAAUGGCGUCGAGAGCUGUCGUUCCUCGCCAACAGAUCGGAGGCGAAAUGAAACAGAAUAACGGAUUGGGAGCAGAUGGAAGAGCUCGACGUGUUCUUCAAGAUAUUGGCAAUUUAGUGGUUGAACGAGUUGGACAAGGAAAGGUAGAUGGGGCGAUCGGGAAAGGAGGCGGAGUGGAGAAAAAAGUGGUGGCAGCAGCGGCAGUAGCUCAGAGGAAGGUAGUUCAGAAGCCGUCACAACCGGAGAAUGUGAUCGUCAUAAGCUCUGAUGAAACAGAUAAGACCAUGCCUGUUAGCAGGAGGAGGAAGGAAGUGAAGAAGAGCAUCACUUCAAUUCUCACUGCUCGAAGCAAGGCUGUUUGCGGAAUUGCGAAUAAGCCACAGGAAUUGAUCGCAGACAUUGAUGCAGAUGAUGCUGAGAAUCACUUGGCUGUUGUUGAAUAUGUAGAUGAUAUCUAUAAGUUCUACAAAGAUUCGGAGGGAGAUGAACGAGUACAGAAUUACAUUGAUUUACAGCCUGAAAUCAAUGCAAAGAUGAGGGCGAUCCUAGUGGACUGGUUGAUUGAAGUUCAUCGCAAAUUCGAGCUUAUGCCAGAAACCCUCUAUCUCACCAUAAACAUUGUGGAUCGAUUCCUUUCUAAAAAGGUUGUGUCCAGGAGGGAACUUCAGCUGGUUGGCAUUGGUGCAAUGCUCAUAGCAUGCAAGUAUGAAGAGAUAUGGGCUCCUGAGGUUAAUGACUUUGUUUUCAUAUCAGACAAUGCCUAUAUGAGAGAUCAGGUCCUGGUAAUGGAGAAGGCAAUUCUGAACAAGUUGGAAUGGUACUUGACUGUUCCUACCCCGUAUGUCUUCCUGGCACGAUAUAUCAAAGCCUCAAUCCCAUCUGACAGCGAGAUGGAGAAUUUGGUGUUUUUCUUGGCUGAACUUGGCCUGAUGCAGUACCAGGCCAUUGUUCUGUACCAUCCCUCCCUGUUUGCUGCUGCUGUAGUUUAUGCAGCAAGAUGCACACUUGACAAAAGACCUCUUUGGAGUGAAACUUUGAAGUUCCACGCAGGCUACUCUGAAGACCAGCUGAUGGAUUGUGCAAAGCUUUUGGUUAAAUUUCACUCCACAGCUGCAGAAGGCAAGCUCAAGGCAGUGUACCGGAAAUUUUCUGGCGCAAAUCACAGUGCUGUUGCUCUCCUCUCUCCAGCCAAGAGCCUUUUGCCAAAUCAUGAAGAAUUAAACUGAAUCUGAAAGGAGAUGCUUUUGGGUGAAAUGCUCUGCUUUGGUGUAGUGUAGGAAUAGAUCAUAUUUCCUGUUAUGAUCAUUUUAUCAUCUGAAUUGUGACAGAUUGUUUCUUUAGACAUCAAUUUGCUCCUUGUAAGCUGGAUACACACCAGCUUGUAUUUGGUUGUUUCUAUGUGAAAAUUAGAGUGCUGUUGGUUAUUAUUAAAAUUAUUAAUUUUAU